AUGAUAGGAUACAAAGGAAAAUCGGCACCAAAAAGUUAUAAACAAUAUAUGCCAAAAAAACCGACAAAACGAGGUUUCAAACUUUGGUCUUUAUCUGGUGUUUCUGCAUACACGUAUCGUAUUAAAUUAUACCAAGGUGCUAAUGCAAAUAUGCCUGUAGCACAAAUGAAACUAUCAUCAUAUACAACAGCUUCAUCUGAACUUCAAACACGUUCAAAACAUCGAAAUGAUGAUGAUAAUGAAAAACUAGCUAAACAAUCUGAAGAUAUAAAAAGUUAUGGUCAAUCAGAAAUGAUAGUUAUCGAUUUAUUAGAUGAUAUACCAAAAGGUUCACAUAUUUUUACUGAUAAUUAUUUUGGUUCUUUAUCAUUAUUAUAUGAAAUGACUUCACUUGGUUAUGGAUUAACCUGUACAUUAAGAUCAAAUCGUAUUAAAAAUUUUCCAAUUAAAUCAGAAAAAGCUAUGAGCAAAUAUCCACGAGGUUAUUAUGAUUAUUUGGUAUCAAAAGACAAAAGAAUUAUAAUAGUCGCCUGGCAGGAUAGAAAAUGUGUUUUAAUGGGAUCAAAUUUUAUUGGUAUUGAACCAUUUACACAAUUAUCAAGAUGGGACAAACAAAACCGUCAAAAGGUAAGUGUGAAUGCACCACAAAUAGUAAAAACGUAUAACAAGAAUAUGGGCGGCGUCGACAAGGUCGAUAUGUUAUGUGCUUUGCAUCCUAUAUAUUUCAGGCCGAAAAAAUGGUACAUGCGUAUUGCAUGGAAAAUACUUGACUUGAUGGUAAUAAACGCUUGGGUUUUAUGGAAACAUAUGUUACCUGAUCAUCAACGAAGCUGGAGACGUUCUCGUUUAUUUUACUUUAAGAUGGAUAUAGCAAAUAUAAUGCUACGGGAGCUUAGAGCCAUUGAACGUCGAAUGUUAAAGGUAUUAGUUACAAAUCAAUCAUCAUCGGAAUCAGAUAAUGAUGAUAAUAAUCUUGUUCGACAAAAAAGAAAAAGAGAAACUGCCUCGAAUAUUUCAAGUAGGGUUCGUUUUAAUGGUUUAGAACAUUGGCCCCAAUAUCAACAAAGUUUACGCCUGCGAUGUAAAAAUAAAGGUUGUUCAAUGAAGACAAACGUAUAUUGUUCCAAAUGCCACGUCCAUUUAUGUUUUUGUACAACACGUAAUUGUUUUAAAGAUUAUCAUUGUAAAAAUUAA